AUGGAGUCCUUACCAAACCCCUCUGAAACUUCCGAGGAAAUGCAGCCGGACCAACAACAAGAAUCCCUGAACCAGAACUCCCCUUCUCUCCUCCCCGCCGCCUCCAUCUCACUCUCUCUCUCCACCCUCCUUCCCUCCCGUCUCCUACCUACCAAGCGGCUCCCAACCCCGCCGAACAAGGUCAAAAUCCCAUCCCAGAUCUCCUCCAUCUCCCGAUACUCCCUCUCCUCCGCCCUCUGCCCGGCGAGGCUCCUCCUCACCCUCAAGCCCACCGCCGCGUCGCCCAGCCUCCUGCAGACCCCCCUCCCGCUCAACCCCCUCCGCCCAUCCAACCCCUCCGGCGCCGGCCCCCUCCGCCGCGCCUCGGUCGUCUGGUUCCGCAACGACCUCCGCGUCCACGACAACGAGUGUCUCUCCGCCGCCAACGACGACUCACUCUCCGUCCUGCCCGUCUACUGCUUCGACCCGCGUGACUACGGCAAGUCCUCGUCCGGGUUCGACAAGACCGGGCCCUACCGGGCCACGUUCCUGAUCGAGUCCGUCUCAGAUCUGAGGAAGAACCUCCAGGACCGCGGGUCGGAUCUCGUGGUUAGGAUCGGGCGGCCCGAAAGCGUCCUGCUGGAGGUGGUUAAGGCGGUCGGGGCGGAGGCUGUUUACAUGCACAGAGAGGUCUCGCACGACGAGGUGAAGGCGGAGGAGAAGAUUGAGGAGGUCAUGAAGGAUGAGGGGGUUGAGGUGAAGUACUUCUGGGGAAGCACAUUGUACCACAUGGAGGAUUUGCCGUUUGAAUUAGCAGAUAUGCCGACAAAUUAUGGCGGAUUUAAAGAGAAGGUGAAGAGUUUGGAGGUUCGCAAGACGAUCGAGGCUUUGGAUAAAUUGAAAGGUUUACCGAAGAAAGGAGAUAUCGAGCCCGGAGAAGUUCCAUCGUUGGUCGAUUUGGGGCUUAAUCCAAACGCCACAAUGGGGCAGAACGGUAACGCAGCUGCUAAUGCAUCUCUUGUGGGUGGAGAGACUGAAGCCUUGCAGAGGCUAAGAAAUUUUUCUGCUGAAUGCAAGACCAAACCAAACAAUGGUAUCAAGGAUGGAGCCAAAGAUAGCAUUUAUGGUGCAAACUUUUCCUGCAAAAUAUCGCCAUGGCUUGCCAUGGGAUGCCUUUCCCCUCGCUCCAUGUUUGACGAGAUCAAGAAGUCAGCUUCAAGCAUGAUGUCUGGUGCUUCUAAUACGAAAAAUGGUGCAGCCAGCUCAAAUGAUACCGGGAUGAACUGGUUAAUGUAUGAGCUCCUGUGGAGGGAUUUUUUCAGAUUCAUCACAAGGAAAUACAGUUCGGCCAAACAACAUAAUCACGCCCCAGUAACAGCUUGUACAGGUGUCGCUGCCUGA